GCUAAGCCAAACACAAAACAAAGAAAUUUUCAAUAUGGGAGUCCUGCAAAGUCAAUAAAGGAUUCUCCAUUUCUACUCCUUUAUAAAGCCUCGUCCUCCUCAACUCCUCCGCCAAAAGCUCACGGUUACUUCCUUCUCCUCUCUCUCUCUCUCUCUUUGGUUCCAUCUUGCGGGGCUUCGAGGAGAAAUCGUGUGAAUUAUUUGGCAGGAAAAAAUGGGGAGAGCUCCGUGCUGUGAUAAAGCAAACGUGAAAAGAGGUCCAUGGUCUCCUGAAGAAGAUGCCACUCUCAAACGUUACCUUGAGACUUAUGGAACUGGUGGCAACUGGAUUGCCUUGCCCCAGAAAGCUGGCCUUAAGCGAUGUGGAAAGAGUUGCCGUUUACGGUGGCUCAAUUAUCUCAGGCCAGACAUCAAACAUGGAGGUUUCACUGAAGAGGAAGAUAAAAUCAUAUUCACUCUCUAUAGUCAAAUGGGAAGCAGAUGGUCUCUCAUAGCCUCUCACCUACCAGGAAGAACUGAUAAUGAUGUGAAAAAUUAUUGGAACACCAAAUUAAAGAAGAAGCUAUUACUUGGAGGAAAUCCGAGCUUAGCAAUCAAGAACAACACAGAGAUUAUCACUCCUGCUGAUCAUAAUUAUAAUGCCACUACAGCUCCUUCCGCCACAUCUUCACUGCCUAAUGUCAUCCCAAGAACUGAAACCACUUGCAGCUUCACCUUCUGGGAUUCACUGACUCAUAGUUCAGUAACAUUGCCUAUCCUAUCUGAUGUUGUUUAUGAUCAACAUCUUCUCGAUCCUUCUCAAAUAUUGAGUCUAGACCCAGUUGAUCAAUUCUCUUUUACUCCUGGAAUCAUGGAUAAUUUGUCUGAACUGGGUUCAAAUUUGAUAAACAAUCACAACAUUGUUUCAUCUUCUCAAGAAGGUUCAAGCAUAUCAGAUUCAUCUUCAAUUGUUAUGGAUCAUAAUCUGUCAAUGCCUGCUGGAAUAUUAAUGGAUUCAGGAUUUGGAUUUCCUUAUGAUCCUGUCACUGCCCUUCUGUUUGAAGACAAAGCUGGUGAAGUUGCUUCUUCUGGGUAUGCUGAGAUUAAGCAUUAACCAAUAUUGACAAAGGGAAAGGUUUUAUUUUCACAUGUAUACAUAUGAUUUGGAUCUCAAAAUAGGCUCUGAUGAUGAUGACAAGUAUCACUCUCAAGUAACUGAAGCUUAGUAGAUUUAAGGCAAAAGCUUUUGUCCUGUGCAUUUGGACUGCUGCAAGCUAUAGCUAGUUAAUAGGAACCAGCUAUAUAUAUAUCUCUAUCUAUUCUGUGAUAUAUAAUACAAGAAAUAUAUGUAUGGCUAGUGGCUAGGUGGUGGGAUUAUGAUAAUGGCUGGUGAUUUUAACUGUGAUUUUUCUAUAAAGAUAUAUAGCUUUUGAAUUGGCAGCUAGUUUGGGAUUGUUUAUCAGAAGAGGAAAAGUGGGCAUGAAUAGAUGAGCAAUUUGCAUCAGCAUGUCUCCCUGUUUCUUAAUCAUCAGUGGUCACAAAACUUGCAUGCGGCUCUCUCUCUGGCCUAUUCAAACUUCACACUAUGUAACCAUAAAAGAUUCUCUCUCUCUUCUCUGCUCACCUUGUAGUAGUCAUGAGUGCAUCAGCUUCCAUGUGGUGGUGCUCAGUACUGUUAACUUUAAUUUGUGCAUUCAUCUUUUAUAUAUACUUCUAAUUCCAGCAGUGUUCCCA